CAUAGAUCUAUAGUUUGAGUAUCCCGACUAUGAACACCGUGGAAUCGCAACAACAACCCGCACAGGUGAACUCAGCGUGCCUCGACUUCCUUUUAAUGGAGAUCGUGCCCCUUUCCAUCAGAGUAUCGCAGACGAUAGAACGAGAAAACAAAGACAAGUUGCGGUUGAAGUUGGAAGAUCUUUCUCUCGAGCCGGGAACAACCCACACCAAUGACCCCUCGGUAAACGAGCUCCUUUUCCAGAAUAAGGACGAUCUUCCAGGAACGGUUAAAAUUCUUGAGGAUGAAUUGAUUAGAAGCGAAGAUGUACAUUUUAGAAUUGAAAGCUACGGUUUCUCGCUUGGGCUGCGUAUCAGCGAGCUCCUCUUAUCCCAGGAACAACAAACGGCUCACAAGUUAGUUGAGCUCUUGGACGUUAUGAAGUUUGUGUGUCGCGAUGUCUGGAAAAACUUGUACGGGAAGCAGAUGGACAAUUUGAGGACAAAUCACAGGGGCACAUUUGUUCUUGUUGACAACAGUCUCAAAUUGAUUUCCCGCAUGAGCAGUUCGAAGGGAAUGACAGACACUAUAGGCAAAGCCCAACCAUAUUUAUGGUUCCCAUGUGGUAUUAUAAAAGGGAUUUUAGCCAGUCUCGGUAUUCCAGCCUCGGUGACGGCAGAGAUUACUCAGUUUCCAUCAGUUUCAUUCAGUAUCCAAACGAGCAUAGAGAGUUAACUUUUUGGCAGACUAUUAGGACCAUAUAUUAGGUAUAAUGAAUACAGAGCCAGCGCCUGGUAUUCGGAGGUGAAUUUGCGUAAUACGUAUAUACG